AAGGGAAAAAAACAAAAGAAUGAAAUGAAAAAAAGAGAGAAAAAUCAGCAAGGCAUAGCUUCUCCUAUCUCUGUGUACUAAUACAAUCCCUUUUCAUUUCCCUCCACAGAUCUCCAAAUUCCCACUCACCAAACCCUAAAUUUCUCUCUCUACAACUGUCUGUUCAUUUCUGUGUUUAUCUAUUAUGACUAUUAUGACUCUUUGAUCCAAUUUCAUCCGAUGAUUCUAGAGUCUUCAUGAAUAUCUGCAACUUCAUGGAGUCUUCAUGAAUAUCUGCAACUUCAUGGACCCAAGGUACCACCACCGUCACCACCGUCGACAUCCAUCGUACGAUGCCUGACCUACGGAGCCGAGCACGAAGAAAUCGGGAACCCGUGAAACCUACUCCGAAUCAGAAUCCGAUUAAGCUCACUGUACAGACUCGACGGAGAAAAACUGCUGAGAACAAGGGAAAAAAUAACGCGAUCGCUGUUGAAGAUAAGAAUAAUAUUGUGAACCUUGAAACGACACCGUUAGAGGCGCAUCCUAGGGCUUUUAGAGAGGAGGUUGCAGAGAAGACAAUGGAUGAGUACGAUAGCGGCGGCCGCAGCGGUGACAAAGGUCCAGGGGCUGAGGACGAAGGAAGCACGGCUCCGCUUCCUGAGAAGGUUCAAGUUGGAGGCUCCCCAGCCUACAGAAUAGAAAGAAAACUGGGUAAAGGAGGUUUCGGACAAGUAUAUGUUGGUCGACGCAUUAGUCCCUCUGCUUCAAAUGAAAGAAGUGGCCCUGGAGCUGUUGAGGUAGCUCUGAAAUUUGAACAUAGAAGUAGCAAAGGAUGCAAUUAUGGACCACCCUAUGAGUGGCAAGUUUACAAUGCUCUUGGAGGUAGUCAUGGUGUCCCGCAAGUUCAUUACAAAGGCCGGCAAGGUGACUACUAUGUCAUGGUCAUGGAUAUGCUUGGACCUAGUUUAUGGGAUGUUUGGAAUAACAAUUCACACACGAUGUCCAUUGAAAUGGUUGCAUGCAUUGCCAUUGAAUCAAUCUCUAUACUAGAGAAGAUUCAUUCUAGAGGAUAUGUGCAUGGGGAUGUAAAACCAGAGAACUUUUUGCUUGGUCCUCCAGGAACCCCUGAGGAGAAAAAGCUUUUUCUUAUUGACCUUGGACUAGCAACCAGGUGGCGAGACAGUUCAACUGGCCUGCAUGUUGAAUAUGAUCAACGUCCUGAUGUUUUUAGGGGAACAGUGCGGUAUGCUAGUGUUCAUGCUCAUCUUGGUAGAACUGGUAGUAGGAGAGAUGACUUAGAGUCUCUUGCUUACACACUCAUUUUUCUUCUCCGUGGUCGGUUACCUUGGCAGGGAUAUCAGGGGGAAAAUAAAGGGUUCCUAGUUUGCAAGAAGAAGAUGGCAACGUCCCCAGAAACUUUGUGUUGUUUCUGCCCUCAGCCUUUUCGUCAGUUUGUUGAGUACGUGGUAAAUCUGAAAUUUGACGAGGAACCCAAUUACGCUAAAUAUAUCUCCCUUUUUGAUGGGAUUGUUGGUCCAAAUCCAGAUAUUAGGCCAAUAAACACUGAUGGUGCCCAGAAGCUUAUUUAUCAGGUUGGACAUAAGCGAGGACGAUUGACAAUGGAAGAGGAAGAAGAUGAACAACCAAAGAAGAAGGUACGGAUGGGAAUGCCUGCAACACAAUGGAUCAGUGUUUACAAUGCUCGUCGUCCAAUGAAGCAGAGAUAUCACUAUAAUGUAGCUGAUAUGAGGCUUUCACAACAUAUAGAGAAAGGAAAUGAGGAUGGGUUAUUUAUCAGCAGUGUGGCUUCUUGCUCAAACUUAUGGGCUUUGAUUAUGGAUGCUGGCACUGGCUUCACUGCUCAAGUUUAUGAGCUUUCCCCUUACUUCCUCCACAAGGAAUGGAUUAUGGAACAGUGGGAGAAGAAUUACUACAUCAGUGCAAUAGCAGGAGCUAAUAAUGGAAGUUCAUUAGUUGUGAUGUCUAAGGGGACCCAGUAUUUACAGCAGUCCUAUAAAGUCAGUGAUUCAUUCCCUUUCAAGUGGAUUAAUAAGAAAUGGAGAGAGGGUUUUUAUGUCACUGCCAUGGCCACUGCUGGAAGUAGAUGGGCAAUUGUUAUGUCUCGUGGGGCUGGAUUUUCUGAUCAGGUUGUGGAGCUAGAUUUUCUAUAUCCUAGUGAAGGAAUUCAUAGGAGGUGGGAUAGCGGUUACCGCAUUACUUCAACUGCCGCAACUUGGGACCAGGCUGCUUUUGUUCUCAGUGUGCCCCGAAGAAAACCAGCAGAUGAAACUCAAGAGACUCUUCGAACUUCUGCUUUUCCCAGUACACAUGUCAAGGAGAAAUGGGCAAAGAAUCUUUAUAUUGCAUCUGUAUGCUAUGGUCGAACUGUCUCAUGAACAACUGAAGCUAUGUUGGGAUGCCAUUGAUGUUAUCCUGAUUUUGCGCCUUCAUACUACCUAGAAGACAGUUCUCACUAUGGAUGACCUUUAUUUGAGAAGCAAGCAUCCACUUAAGCGAAAAUGAUGCAUCACAGCAUUUGGCAGUCUAUGUAUGCAAAAAUUCUUCUUUAUCGUCGCCAACACUUAGCACCUAUUACAAAUACCUAUGCACUGUUUUUCAAUUGCUUUGAAAUGUUUAUGAGCCAAUGUUAGAUCUCAUGCCCAUUAGGAUGGGUCGAUUUACCCAUUGCAAAAAAGAAGAAAAAAAAAUUGUAUAGUUGUGAACAUUGGUUGCUUGCUUCAAGGUGUGUGCACAGGUCCUGUUUUCAUUAUUAACAGUAUAAUGAUUUUGGGCUCUAGGCAUUCUCAGUCAGCGAGUCUGUACUUAUUCCUUCUUGUUUUUGGACUUAAGGAUCCUCUGAUCUUUCACUCAAGAACUCAUGGGAUGUCUGAAUUUGACCUAAAGACUGAAGAUGUACUUAUUUUGUAUACUUCAGAGUAACACUUUGUAAUUUUUUUUUAUUAUAUUAAUAUUUUAUGCUAUAACCUUAUAUUA